AGGAACGCAGACAUGGAUUCAAGUAAGUGCUUCUCUUAUUGUGUUCACCAGGUAGAGCUGGUUUUUGGGGAGUUUUCUCCUUAUCUGCUGUGAGGGUCUACAGACAGAGGCUUUUGUAUGUUGUAGUGAUUUUGGGUUGUAUAGAUGAAACUGACUUGACUGUAGAGGUGUACAUAAGGAAAUAUUUUUAAACGUAAACAUGUUUUUUUUUUUUUUUUUUCAUCUUAACUAAGAAUACUUGAUUGAAUCUACUCACUCAUUUAUUUAUCUAAUGUUAGCGUCAACAGAUUCUCUGGACUUAGUGAGCCCUUACCUGUUCAAGUACAAAAAGACAAACUUCCUGGUCAAGGACAAAUUGCGACCCACAGACAUUGAUGCUCUGAAGCAUGUUGAGACCCGUCCUACUGAUAUUUUCCUCAUCACAUAUCCCAAGUCAGGCACUACAUGGAUGCAGCAGGUCCUGGUCCAGGUCAUUAAUGCUGCACACCCUGAGUGGGCAGGAGAUGCCAGCAACAGGGCACUAGUUCCUCGGCUGGAGGGGAGAACUGUGGAUGACCCUUUCCGAGAAAGACCAGAUCCUCGAAUCUUUGGCUCACAUCUCCCUCCUGACUUGUUGCCCAAGGGAGUGAAAGACAAACAAAUCAAGGUUGUGUAUGUUUGGAGGAACCCCAAAGAUGUCCUGGUGUCCUUCUAUCACUUUGCCCACAGUUGGGUAUUGCUGGAAACACCUCACAGCUUUGAGGAUUUCUUUCAGCGGUUCCUGGAUGGUAAUGUUUACAUGGGAUCGUGGUUUGAUCAUGUGCGAGAAUAUCACAAAGCAAAAGAUCAACUGGACAUCCAUUACGUGCAGUAUGAGAACAUGUUGAAGGAUCUCAGAGGGGAAGUUGUGAAGCUUUGUGCUUUCCUGGGAAAAGACUUGACAGAUGAAGCCAUUGAUCAUGUUGUGGAGAUGUCCACCUUCGAAAACAUGAAGACAGACCCCAAAGCAAACUACAAGGACUUAACUGAAUCCAACCGCUACAUAAAGCAAACCAUGCGCAAAGGUAUAACAGGUGACUGGAAGAAUGUCUUCACAAUGGCUCAGAAUGAACUUUUUGACAAAGUGUUCAAGGAGAAGAUGAGCGACUUUCCUCUGACCUGCACCUGGGAGAUCAAACAGUAGCUCCUCUU